GAAGUGUGCAUGAUCCAAAGUAGAACAGGAAAAAUGAAUGUGUUAGGCGUAGUGUUUGUGGUAGUGAGUUGUUUGUGGAGAUAUGGAGUAGUGAGAGUGGAGGGUCUUACAAUGGACUAUUACCUUAGGACUUGCCCCUUUGCUGAAUUUAUUGUAAAGAACACUGUUAACUCUGCUUUGCAAGCUGACCCUACUCUCGCUGCUGCUCUCAUCCGAAUGCAUUUCCACGAUUGUUUCAUACAGGGCUGUGAUGGUUCAAUUCUGAUUGAUUCGACGAAGGGCAACACAGCAGAGAAGGAUUCACCGGCGAAUUUGAGCUUGAGGGGAUACGAAAUCAUAGACAAGGCGAAGGAGCGGUUGGAGAAGCAAUGUCCUGGCGUUGUUUCCUGUGCUGACAUUGUCGCCAUGGCUGCAAGAGAUGCUGUUUUCUUCGCAGGAGGUCCAGUGUAUGACAUAUCAAAAGGCAGGAAGGAUGGAAUGAGGUCUGACAUAAAGGACACAAUCAACCUCCCUUCACCUGUGUUUAAUGCCUCCGAGCUCAUUCGGGUCUUUGGCCAACAUGGUUUUACCGCUCAAGAAAUGGUGGCUUUGUCCGGGGCACAUACUGUGGGAGUGGCAAGGUGCUCAUCAUUCAAGAAUAGAUUGAGCAAAUUCGAUGCUAGCCAUGACGUGGAUCCAACUCUAGACCCUGACUUUGCAAAGUCUUUGUCUACGACGUGCAGCAGCGGCGGGGACAAUGCUGAGCAGCCAUUCGAUUUUAGUCGCAACACCUUCGACAACGCAUACUUUGGGGCACUGAUGAGGAAGGCGGGGGUGCUGUUCUCAGACCAGACAUUGUUCGAAAGUCCACAGACAAGGAACACUGUUCUUGGCUACGCACUAAACCAAGCCAUGUUCUUCCUAGAUUUCCAGCAGGCCAUGCUCAAAAUGAGCUUGCUAGAUGUCAAGGAAGGUCCCAAGGGCCAAGUCCGCCUCAACUGUCGUAAGAUCAACUAGAUUGCAACAUAGCAUAUUUAUACAGAGAAAUUAUUAGAUGCAUUGGGUGUAUGUGUAUGUAUUUUAUUAUGUUCAAUGUUGUGUAUACACUCAGUGUAUCUAAUAUUUUCUAUAUUUACAUAUAAUCAUUAUAUAUAUAUAUAUAUAUAUAUAUAUAUAUGAUACAAAAUAAUGUAGUUAGUCAAUAAUACUCAAAUUUAUUGAGAUUUAUCA